AUAUAAGAACGACUCGCCGCACUUUCGUUUCGCUAUUUUUGUCUCUGUUUUAACUUCGGUGUUUUCUUUCACGAUGCCUGAGCCAGCGAAGUCAGCUCCCGCUCCUAAGAAGGGCUCCAAGAAGGCCGUUACUAAAGCCCAAAAGAAGGACGGGAAGAAACGCAAGCGCAGCCGCAAGGAGAGCUACUCCGUGUACGUGUACAAGGUGCUGAAGCAGGUCCACCCCGACACCGGCAUCUCCUCGAAGGCCAUGGGCAUCAUGAACUCGUUCGUCAACGACAUCUUCGAGCGCAUCGCGGGCGAGGCCUCUCGCCUGGCGCAUUACAACAAGCGCUCGACCAUCACCUCCAGGGAGAUCCAGACGGCGGUGCGCCUGCUGCUGCCGGGAGAGCUGGCCAAGCACGCCGUGUCCGAGGGCACCAAGGCCGUCACCAAGUACACCAGUGCCAAGUAAACAAAAAAGUUAAAGAAAAAGAAAAGGCCGGCUCAAUCAAUGAACCGCUUUCUCUUUUGGUCAACAAAGGGCUACUCUGAGAAUCUGGCGCCGGCGCAGAAAAAUUCCGGUGACUAAAGUAAGGGAACGUCAAGAAGAGAGGCGGCCUCCGAAAGCUGGCCAUUGGCACCUUGGUAUCCGGACAAGCUCGCGGGGCGGUCCCCUCUUUUCAUGCCGCUGGAGAGUUUACAAACUGUAUCGCCAUCUUGUGGCCCUUCCGGAUAAUGUGGCUAAAACUUCGUUUUAUGGUUUCGAUUAGGCCUUUCAUUGCUAGGGUUUAAUUAUUGCACAUACAAAGAAUACAGUAAAUAAUCCAAUCUCCAACAGCUCCUAAACACCUAGUUCCCCCCUCAACCUUGCCCUAUAAAGACCUGAACAAACACUAACAGUUUCUAAUAGUUUAUGCCCACAGCCCCAAGGAUGAUCCUAGUCCCCUCCAGUGCCUUCCUGAGAAAACUCAAUUGAGGCUGCCAAAAGAAUUUACUAUUUGUUUCAAUCAACAUCUGAAGAUAGGGCCCCUGUCUCCCAGUCUCUGUGGUAGAAUAGGAGCCUAACUUAGAUACCCAGCAGUUAGCAAUUGCACCCAGAUGGGUUUCACAUGGACCAACUCUCCCCACCCUUCCCAGUUUUCAUAAUUUUUCACUUCCCUGCUGUUCCCCCCUAUCUACUCCCUCAUUCUUUCAAAAGGCCCAAUCACCUGUGCACAAAUCUGAAUGGAGUUUGGCUCUUUUCCCUACUGUCAAAGGUUGCCAAAUAAAAUCCGUUUUCACCACUUUAA